AUGUCUCACUCCUCUCUCUUGCCCAAAUCCACUGCUCCUUCCCCCCAGACGUCUCUGACCGGGGCCGCUGACAGAGCUGACAGCGUGCAGGGGCCUCUGGGUGCGUUGAGCCCUUUGAGGCCGAUCUGUGGGGCACACAGCUCGCCUCACUUCUACUCCCCUCAAGAUCCUGAGAUGCCCUCACCUUCCAACGAUGGAGAUCAAGGAGCAUCCCCCGUGAACGUGCCAUCUGUAGGCUCUUACCAGAAAAGUGGGAAGAGGAAGGUGCACGGGAAAAAGAAGAAAGGCUCCAUAACUGCAAAUAUUGCUGGCACCAAAUAUGAGAUUGUGCGUGCAGUCAUUUGUGAGAUGGACUUCAUCAAGGCCCGGGACGAGGAUGAAACUACUAAUCUCAUAUGGAACGACUCCGCCGUGCAGCAUGAGAAGAUCGCUGAGCUCAGGAAUUAUCAGAGAAUUAAUCAUUUUCCGGGCAUGGGUGAAAUUUGCCGGAAAGAUUGUCUAGCAAGAAACAUGUCAAAAAUGAUCAAGUGCCAGCCUCAAGAGUACAGCUUCAUCCCCAAAACAUGGAUCUUUCCGGCAGAGUACACCCAAUUCCAAAACUAUGUCAAAGAACUACGGAGAAUACGCAGACAGAAAACCUUCAUUGUCAAACCUGCCAAUGGUGCAAUGGGUCAUGGGAUCUCACUUAUCCGUAACUGUGAGAAACUGCCUGCACAGGAGCACUUCAUUGUGCAAGAGUAUCUGGACAAGCCCUUCUUGAUGGAGGGAUACAAGUUUGACCUCCGCAUUUACAUUCUUGUUACGUCUUGUGAUCCGCUUCGUAUCUUCCUGUACAACGAUGGCCUGGUGCGCAUGGGGACAGAGAAGUACCAUGCUCCAAGUGAAGCAAAUCUGAGCCAACUUUAUAUGCAUCUGACCAACUACUCUGUAAACAAACACAAUGAGAAUUUUGAGCGUGACGAAACGGUGGACAAAGGCAGCAAGAGAUCCAUCAGCUGGUUCACAGAGUUUCUUCGAGCCAAUGACUACGACGUGGCCAAGUUCUGGGGAGACAUAUCAGAGCUUGUGGUGAAGACUCUGAUUGUGGCUGAGCCCCAUGUGCUGCACGCCUACCGCAUGUGCCGCCCUGGACAGCCACCAGGGAGCGACAGUGUCUGCUUCGAGGUGCUGGGCUUUGACAUCAUCCUGGACCGGAAACUCAAACCGUGGCUUUUAGAGAUCAAUCGCGCCCCGAGCUUUGGUACCGAUCAGAGAAUAGACUACAAUGUGAAGAGGGGGGUCCUAUUCAACGCUCUCCAGCUCCUUAACAUCAGAGCAAGUGAUAAAAAGCGAAAUCUCGCUCAGCAAAAAGCAGAGGCCCAGAGGCGGCUCUACGGACACGGCUCUAUGAAGAAAUUGUCAGCGUCAUCCUCUGACUGGGAGAAGCAGCGCCACACACUGGAGCGGAGGAGGGAGGAGCUGAAAGAUAGGCUGGCACAAGUUCGCAAGCAAAUAUCCCGUGAGGAAUAUGAAAGGCUACAUCUUGGGAACUACAGACGUAUUUACCCCCCAGAUGACAAGCUGCUGCUGGAGAAGUAUGAAAGCCUGCUCUCCGCUGCCUUUCAGACCUUCCUAGCAGGGCGCGCCGCCUCACUUCAAAAGGAAAUGAAUAAUCCUCUGAAACAAAUGAAGGAGGAAGACAUCCUGGACCUGUUGGAGCAGUGUGAGCUGGACGAUGAGAAGUUAAUGGGCAAGUCCCCGAGGCAGCGCAUCCCAAGGCCUUUGACCGCCAUGCCAGAGUCCAUCCAGUAUCUACGGAGGCAGCGGCCGGAUUACCUGGCUGACUUCACCAGUGCAAGCAGCGCUGACAACUCCUUCACUUCCUCUGACGAAGAGGAGGAGGAUCGGAGGAAAACUGCAGGAAGGAGGGCAGCGGAGAAAAAGAAAGUGUCCUAUGAUCUCGGAGAUGACAAGGAGAAACACAUGGCUGAGCGAGCAGGCCGAAUACACUGGAAACCUUCAAUCAAGUCUCUCAAAUCAGCUCCCGCCCACCCCGCCUCACCGACUCUGACUGGACCAAUCAGGCGCUCCAUCUCCUGUCCCCGCUCUAUCGCCUCACUUUCAUCGCCGAAUGAGGUGCGAUCUUUGUCAUGCAGGCCACCUCCCAUAGUCCCCUUGGCCACGCCUCUGAUCAGGCCCAGUUCAGCUACACUUCGAUCACAUUCGCUGAGUCGAACUGGCUCCGCCCAUCGUGUACCCCAUAGCAACAGCCUGGGGACCAUCCACUCCAAUAUUGGCGAUUCACUUUCAAACUUGAGGAGUAAGGAGCAGGAGCUGGAGCUGGUGAGGCAGACCUUGGCUGCCCUGACUGCAAUGAGGAUUCGAUUUCCAGGCAAGACAGAGGAAGAAGCAGAUGCUGUGCUCGAUGAUAUUCUUGACAACUGGAAAUACCACAAACCUAAGGUGGCCUCCUAUUGGUUAGUGAAGUUGGACUCAACCAAACAACGAAAGGUACUAGACAUAGUCCGUACAAAUGUCCGUUCCGCUCUGCAGCGAAUCUGGAGAGAGCCAGAGGUUGAGAACCUUCACUUGUACAGGAUGUUCACUCGCAUAUUUAACCGGCUGCUCUGGAGCCACGGCCAGGGCCUGUGGAACUGCUUCUCCCACACAGGGUCGUCGUGGGAGAGCGUCUUCAGCCGGAGCAGUGAGGUGGUGUCUCCCCUGGAGCUGCAGUGCUGCCGCCGGCUGGUCCAGCUGUGCAGAGACUGUCUGCUGGUCGUUUACAAGUUUGUGUCCGAGUCCAGAGGCUCUUUGACUGGAUUGAGCCCUGAAUGGGAUGACACAAGGUAUCUGCUGCCAGUCACCUCCCUGUUCAAGUGGCCUUCGUCCAGCUUUGGCCGCAUGUCGUCAUCGGCCACUGCCCCGCGCUCUCGCAGCCUCCUCGCUGCCAGGAUGGGGCAUUACUAA